AAUGAAGAUGUCGUUGAAUUGGAUGUUAAGGACGAUGAAGAUGAAGAAGACGAUGAUGAUGAAGACGAUGAAUAUGUCGUUGAAGUAAAUGUUACAGAUGGUGAAGAUGAAGAAUACGAUGAUGAUGAAGAUGUCGUUGAAAUAAAUGUUACAGAUGGUGAAGAUAAAGAAGACGAUGAUGAUGAAAACGAUGAAGAUGUCGUUGAAUUGGAUGUUAAGGACGAUGAAGAUGAAGACGAUGAUGAUGAAAACGAUGAAGAUACUGUCGAAGUGAAUGACAAAGACCAAGAUGAUGGCGAUGAUGAGGAGCACAGAAAGUGCGUUAAGACAGAGCACCACGAUUGUGAAGACGAUGACGAAGAUGACGAAGAAGAUGAAGAAGCUUCCGUUUAA